CCAGUCCCCGCAGCGCCCAACAUCCUGCGCAGGUUGGCAGGAGGAAGAAAACUGGUGAUCUCAGCCGUGCAUCCCCAGCCCUGCCCAGCGCAGAGACCUCGCUCACGCGACCCCGCGUGCCUCCCCGGGCGCGGUCCCCACGUGCACCGACCUGGACCCGGGCGCUUUUUCGCAGCCGCGCGGGAUCCCGCUUCCCCGAGGCUGCUCCGGAAUGCCGCCGGCCCAGCUGAGAGAAGACUGAGGGAUGGGAACCGAAAACCCCGAAGAGAGAGUUCUCGGAACUUUUCUUCCGGGUGCAAACACGGAAGAUCUCCUAACCUGUGAGGACGGCACUGGGGGACACCUGCAGACGGGGACCGUCCGAGCCUCCAGGAGGCUCUAGGCGGGCCCCAGGCCUCCCGGGCGGAGGACCGCGCCCCACCGACCGCAGGCCUCGGAGCCCGGAGACGGGGCUUCCCUAGUCUUGGACUGAAGACUUUGGAAGGUGCUCCAUGGUGGAGGCCAGGCUCUGUUUUCAGGCUCCUAAGAGUGCUGGGAGGAGUGCCACUGAUUCACAUGACAGGCCUUCUUUUGCUGACACUGUUCCUGCUGGAACCCGGGAAGACUAUGGGAUAUGCUCACCCGCUCUGCCUCGACUUCGCGGUCACAUCUCAGUCCAGACCCGGACAGCCCUGGUGUGAAGUCCAGGGCUCAGUGGACACAAAGCCUCUCCUCAAGUAUGACAGUGACAGCAACCAGGUCACAGCUUCGGGCCCCCUGGGGGAGGAGGUAAAUGGCACCAAAGCAUGGAGCGACUUGACUGGAACCCUGGGAGAAGUGGGCCGAGAGCUCAGGAUGGUCCUGCCUGUCAUCCAGCUGGGCACAGAGGAGACCAGGGGUCCUCCCCGGCUGCAGGCCAAGCUGUGCUGUCAGCUUGAAGCAGAGCGAGGCACCGCUGCCUCCUGGCACUUCAGCUUCGAUGGGCAGACGGCCCUCCUCCUUGACGCCAUGGACAUGAACUGGACAGUCGUGAAUCCCGGAGCCACAGGGAUCAAGGAGCAGUGGCAGAAGGACCAGGACCUGGCAGAGCGUUUCAGGAAGCUCGCAGUGGGAGACUGUGGUCACUGGCUGAGGGAAUUCCUAGGACACUGGGAGAAUGUUCCGGAGCAGGAGCCCACAGAACCACCGCUGGAGCCCUCAGAUAACCAGCAGUUACCAGCAUGGAUCAUCCCCUCCUCAGGCCUACCUGUCAUUGUCGUCCUCGUCCUCGUCGUCAUUGUCCUCAUCAUUGUCCUGGUCAUCAGGAGAUGUGAUAGGAGAUCAGGUACCCCAGCAGUGUUCUAACAGCUGAUCUGUCAUCUGAUGUUUCUUCCUUGGACCAUAAGAAGGUGAUGACGUUCAACCGUCUCAUGGUGUCAAAAACUGACCCUUGACGAGGGUGUGACUUCCAGUCUAAUAUACUCCCCUCUACUCAGAGGUGGGUUUACCAAGAAGCUAAAGAAGCUUAAGCGUCCGAACCCCUCGCUUUCCGUGGCUGCUGAGGGGCCCUUACCAUGCACUGACCCAGUCAUUUUGAAGACUUUGCAAAAGUGAGGCAUUUGCUCACCAUCACUCAGGACUGCUGCUUUUACUCUCACUCUUUCCGCCACACUUCCCUCUGUAUUAAAUAGAAUCCAAGUGUUUAUUGGCAUUUUGAUGACUUUGUUAAAAGGAAAAUGAUUUAGGGUUAUACCUAGGUGGCUUGAUGAGAUAUAUUUUAUGUGUUCACAUUCAUUUUCAUGUACAAUUACCUCACCAUGUGCCUUUUUGACCACAUUGUGUUCUCUUGAAUUCAUAUGUUAAAACCUCAGGAAGGCUUGUUGAAACCACCCAAUUGGUGGUAUUUUGAAACAAGCCAGUUGUGGUUUUGUGAUAUAAUAAGUAUAUAUUUGGUCUUGUCUUGCUUCUUGGCACAGAGUUUCUAAAACCCACAGAUUUGGUGUCAGAACGUUCUGGGAAUUAAAACAAGAAGUAACAAUUUUCCUUUAAAGACCUGGCAGGCUAAUCCUCAUGCAGAAACCACAGUCAACUGUGCUAACUGGCCAGAUGUCAUGACACAAAGGUAUGAGGCUAGAGCUUGAAUGAAUGAACAUGUGGAUUAAUGUAUGUUUUAGCAUUCUGACACGUUCACACAUACGCAUGUACCCAACACACACCAAAAAGGAUAGAGUGUGAUAUAUUCACAAAGGGAACAUUACAAAGCAAUCAAUAAAGAAUAAACUACCGCUACAAACACAGGAUGCCUUACAAAGGCAAAAGCCAGACCCAAAAUAAUACAUACUCUAUGGUACUCUUUUUAGUUCUGUUACCUUAUUGUAAAGUUUAAUUGAAUUAUUAAAAGGACAUUCUAAGCUUGAUUCUGAAGCUUAUUUUUGAAUGGCAAUCAGAUGUCCCAUCACCUGCAACCAGGAGAUCAGGCCCAUAGGAAAAGACAACAUUUAAAAGACUACCUACAACCUAGAAUGAAGGACACCUACCAGACACUCAUAAUUAUCUCAUGCCCAGCAAAACCAAAAAGAACUGACUCUUGGAUGACUCUUUCCCACUUAUAUUGGGCCACGGCACUGGACCAGCCUAGAGAGAGGACUGUUGACCUCAACACCUUCUUAAAACAAUGCUCAGACAAUGGAGUAGCUACGCCCGUGCCAGGACGAGAAGACAGGACGUCAAAAGUAGACGGCUCUCUCGAGAUGCCAGGCCUGGCCCAGAUGAUUGUUUGUGUAAAGUGCUUUCUUAAUUUCUUGGACUUUUGUGUAUGAAUCCUGUGUUUGUUUGUUUGUUUCCUAUCAGGAGUACAAUCUUGUACAGACUCUAACAUUAAUUUCAAAUUUAAUUAAGAUUUUAAAAUUCAUUGAGGUUAUUGGGUUUAUUAUGGUCAGUUACCUAUCUCCAAUACUUCUGGGUUACCUUGGCGGAUUUCUCCACACCGAGGUUAUAAUUGGAUGGCCCUUAGGGAAUUUAUUCAGGAAGAAGAAAUUAUGGUUCUGUUUGGGCAGCUCUUGCUAGUGCUACUUGGGACUCCCUCACUGGGCCCGUCAAUCAUACUUGCUCUGACCAUGACCAAGAAUAGCAAUUUUCUUUUAUCAGGCUCAGAGCAACAAGCAGCAUUUCAGUCAAAGAAUGUAACCUCCCUCAGCUGUGGGAUGGAUUUAUGUGGCUAACACAGGGCUAUGGUGGCUUAGGUGUACCACCCCCCACCCCCCAUGCUGGAAACUGUUCAGCCACACCAAGGAUGAUGAGCCUAAUAACACUAGGAAACCUGACUGAAGCCUUGCGAACCGUGCCCUUACAUCCCUUCCCUUCAAGAUAAGCAGUGAUACAGAACAGACCUAAGUCCACUGACUGGGCCACAUGUAAUGGAAGGCCUCAGCUUAAGUUCUUACUUAUGACCUUCCUAGUACUACGAGCUAUGAAACCAGACAUGGCCCUGUGGGGCUCCUGGGUGCCAAAGCCUUUCUG